AUGUCGUCAACGUCGUCGCAUUCCAAUGUUGUUGGUGUCCACUAUAGAGUUGGAAAAAAAAUCGGAGAAGGAUCGUUUGGUAUGCUUUUCCAAGGUGUUAAUUUGGUGAAUAAUCAGCCAAUUGCACUGAAAUUUGAGUCAAGGAAAAGCGAAGUCCCUCAGUUACGGGAUGAAUAUCUAACUUAUAAGAUGUUGAUGGGUGUUCAUGGCGUUCCGAAUGUUUAUUAUUAUGGACAAGAAGGAAUGUACAAUUUGUUGGUGAUGGAUCUUUUAGGACCUAGUUUGGAAGAUCUUUUUGAUUAUUGCGGUCGACGCUUUAGUCCAAAGACAGUAGCUAUGAUCGCCAAGCAGAUGAUAACACGCAUCCAAUCUGUACAUGAACGACAUUUCAUAUAUCGGGACAUUAAACCCGAUAACUUUUUGAUUGGUCUCAAUGGGUCAAAAGUGGAAAAUUCAAUUUACGCUGUUGAUUUUGGUAUGGCCAAACAGUAUCGUGACCCAAAAACGCAUGUUCAUCGUCCAUACAAUGAGCACAAAAGUCUCUCUGGUACAGCACGCUACAUGUCAAUCAACACACAUUUAGGACGCGAACAGUCAAGACGAGACGAUCUUGAGUCAAUGGGUCAUGUCUUCAUGUACUUCCUUCGUGGAAGCCUUCCUUGGCAGGGAUUAAAGGCAGCCACUAAUAAACAGAAAUAUGAAAAAAUUGGAGAAAAAAAACAACUGACUCCUAUAAAAGACCUUUGUGAUGGUUAUCCCAAAGAAUUUAUGCAAUACAUGGUGUACGUUCGCAAUCUGAGUUAUGAUGAAAAGCCGGAUUAUGACUAUUUACGCAGCUUGUUUGACAGUUUACUGCUGCGUUUGAAUGAAACUGAUGAUGGUGAGUUUGACUGGUCACUAAUUAACAACGGGAAAGGAUGGCAGUAUAGUGCUGUAAAACAACAUGCUGCUCAUCACCGUCAUGCUCAAGAGGUUGCUAAGCGGCAAGCUGCUGUUCCUCAGUAUACCAGAAGUCGCCAUAACUUGCCACAGCCGAGUCCAAAGCAAUUAUUAGUCAGUCCUCCUUAUCCAUCAGUCCAGCCUUUGCGAAAUGAACCCAAUAGAAACGGAAGAUUAGGUUCUUCUACCGCUGCUCUUCAAUCUCAACCAAAGUUGCCCCCAAGUUCCAGUGGUGGGCAGCAAUACGGUCAACUGGGAACACAAAGCGAACAUCAACGGAAGAGUAAUGAACUAUCUCAAAAUGCUACUCCAAAAUCUUCUUCCAGGAAGAAAUUCCAUUUACGUUUACUUUCAUGUUGUGUUGCAAAACCUAAGUAG